CACACGUAACCAGCUGCAGAGAACCUGUGCGGCCUGCGUUUCUAAUUUGUAUAGGACAACUGAGAGUCAAUGUUCCGAUCCUCUCACAUGGCCAAGCAGGCCCUCGCGCCACUGAUCCAUGGUACCGCACCGGCAGGGUGGCCGAUCGGGCCUAGAGAAGGGCCCUUGGUUCGCAGCCGCCGGAGGAGAUCGCCCGGAAGUCAACCGGCCUCGCAUCAUGGAAGGACUACAAAUAUAGUUUAACCAUGGCCCAGCCCAGUCCUAUUGUUCACGAGGAAACCAGGCUGGCAGCGGUCCUGCUACGGCUAAUCCAUCAGCCCCCUUGAUCCCUGGUCCCGCACCAUGUGGCAGCUCGCCCUAAUAGCCCUGCUCGGGCUGGCCGUCACCUUGGUCCACGCAGCCCCUGCCGUCAUUCUCGAGCAGGCGGAGGGAAUACCGCCGGGAUGGAGUUUCUACGGGAAUGCUAGUGCCUCGGACAAGAUCAUGCUUUUCAUAGCGCUGAAGGAGCCCGGCAUUGCGGAACUGAAGUCUAAGCUCAACCAGCGCCAUGCUUCCGACCACCUUUCAUCUGACCUCGGCCGGCAUCUGAGCCGCGAUGAGGUCCUCCAGCGCCGCCAGCCGGCCGCUACAACAACCCGUGCUGUAUCGGGCUGGCUGAGAUCAAGCGGGAUUCAGCAAGUGCACAGACAGGGCAGCCUCAUCAGCUUCGAAGCGUCCGCCGAGGCAGUCAAGUCCCUUUUCCAAGCCGAUCUAGCGUACUACGCCUACAACGGCAGCGACGCGGCACCCGUGCUGCGGGCUCUCUCCUACACGGUCCCCGCCUGGCUCCGCGACGCCAUCGAUUUCGUCCACCCGCUCACCAACUUCAUGCCGCCGCCACCGCAUCGGGGUCGCCGCAGACCUCCCAAACCCUGGUGGCCGCCGCAUCCAAAACCAAAACCGACAAAGCGGCCUCCCACACCGGGUGGCCCCUCGAUCUCUUCCACCAAGACCGUCACGCCAACGGCAAUCCCCACCGUCUCGGUCCCGGAUCCAAACGAGAACCCCUUUCCCAACCUGCCCUGCCUGGCGGCCACUGUGCCGGACUGCAUCAAAGAGCUCUACAACAUCCGCUACAACCCGGCCAACGAGAGCCAACCGAGCCCCGUCCGGUUCGGCGUGGCCGGCUUCCUCGAGCAGUGGAUCCUGUACUCAGACGUGGCCCAGUUCCUAGACACCUUCACGCCAGACCUCUCCCUCUCGUCCUACAACUUCAGCGUCACGCUCUUCAACAACGGGACCAACCCGCAAACCUCCCCGCGGAACGCCGGCAUCGAGGCCUCGCUGGACGUGCAGUACGCCAUGGCGCUCGGCCACCCGACCCACGUGACCUACUACAGCACCGGCGGGCGCGGCACCAAGCUGAACACCACGUCGGGCGAGCCGCUGGAGCCGCUGGAGGAGCCGUCCUACGCCGACGACGAGGCGAGCGUGCCCCGGGGCUACGCCUCGCGCGUGUGCGACAUGUUUGCCGCGCUGGCGGCCCGCGGCGUGAGCGUGCUGGCCGCCACGGGCGACGGCGGCGCGGCCGGCACCGGCCAGACGCGCUGUGGCGAGGAAGCCCAGGCCGCCGCCCCACGGUUCGUGCCUACCUUCCCGGCCAGCUGCCCCUAUGUCACGGCCGUGGGCGCCACGCAAAACGUGGCGCCGCCCGUGGCCGGCGCCGUGUUCAGCGCCGGCGGGUUCAGCGAUUUCUUUGCGCGCCCCGCGUGGCAGGAUGAUGUGGUCGCCCCUUAUGUGUCGCGCUUCUCUGUCGCGCAGAACGGUACUACUACUAAUGCUACGGGGCCGGGCCGCCGCCUCCCACUAUUCAACCCCUCUGGACGGGCGACGCCGGACAUCAGUGCGAUCGGCAAGGCCUUCCAGAUCGUCAUGGGCGGCAGCGUCAGCCAGGUGUACGGGACGAGCGCGAGCGCGCCCGUCGUGGCGGCCAUGGUGGCGCUGGUCAAUGACGCGCGCAUGCGCGCCGGCAAGCCCAGCCUCGGCUGGCUCAACCCGCUGCUGUAUGGGGAGCGGGUGAGGGCGGUGUUGAGGGACGUGACCGAGGGGCAGAGUAGGGGCUGCCGCUUCGCGGAUGGGUCCAUGUCGCCUGGGUGGUCGGCGGCGGCGGGAUAUGACUGCGUUACGGGGCUUGGGGUGGUGGGUGAUUUUAGUGAGUUCCUGGCUGCGCUGCUGUAG